CUUCACUUCAGCGAUUGCUGAGUGACAGGAGCUGCCGAUACAAAGGCUGGCUGGGGAGAAAUCUCAAGCCCACUGUGACAUCAAGAUUAAGGUUAAGAUCAACACGAGUGCGCCGUGAAGUCCGACAAGCCUCCACAUUUCCUCCUGUCCCCGCGUGCUCCUCCCCCGCACAGCCACACAGCGACACAGGGCAGCCGAGGAGCAACACGCCGCCAUGCUGGGCCACCUAGGGCGUGGUGCCGGGACGUGCAGGGCCAUCGCCAGCAGGGUGUGUGUGCCCGCCGCCGCCUGCACCCCUCGCCGCACACUCUUACGCACCAGCAACCACCUCCAUGCAUCAGGAGUGGCCACGGCAGCCCAGGACUCCCCUGAGCGAUUGCCUCUCUACCUUGAUGCCCAGGCUACCACGAUGCUUGACCCGAGAGUUCUGGACGCCAUGCUUCCCUACCUCACCCACCAGUACGGGAACCCACACUCACGCACACACACCUACGGCUGGGAGAGUGAGCGUGCCAUGGAGGUUGCCAGGCAGCAAGUUGCAGACCUCAUCGGGGCAGACAAGAAGGAGAUCAUCUUCACCUCCGGCGCGACUGAGAGCAACAACAUCAGCGUGAAGGGCGUGGCAAGGUUCUACAAGUCUAAGAAGAAACACGUCAUCACCACACAGACGGAGCAUAAGUGUGUCCUGGACUCCUGCCGUGCACUGGAGAAUGAGGGCUGGGAGGUGACCUACUUGCCGGUGCAGACGUCGGGCCUCAUCUCGCUGGAGGACCUGGAUAAGGCGUUGCGUCCCGACACCGCCCUCGUCUCAGUCAUGAUGGUCAACAAUGAGAUCGGGGUUGUCCAGCCAGUCAAAGAAAUCGGAGCUCUCUGCCGUGCACGCAAGGUUUUCUUCCACACUGACGCAGCGCAGGCCGUCGGGAAGGUGCCGGUGAAUGUAGACGACCUGAACAUUGACCUCAUGUCCAUCAGCGGCCACAAGAUCUACGGCCCCAAGGGUGUCGGGUGUCUGUAUGUCCGUCGUCGGCCCAGGGUACGCUUGGAGGCCCUCAUGAGUGGUGGUGGGCAGGAGCGAGGCAUGAGGUCAGGCACCGUCCCCACACCUCUCGUUGUGGGUCUCGGGGCAGCGUGCAGUAUUGCCCAGCAGGAGAUGGCAUACGACCACGAGUGGGUGUCCAUGCUGUCCAAGAAGCUCGUGGACUCCAUCACCUCACGCACCUCUCACGUUAUCAGGAACGGCGACGCGGAGCACUCCUACCCGGGCUGCGUCAACCUGUCCUUUGCCUACGUGGAGGGUGAGAGCUUACUGAUGGCCCUCAAAGAUGUGGCCCUGUCCUCCGGCUCAGCCUGCACCAGUGCCUCGCUGGAGCCCUCAUAUGUGCUGAGGGCCAUCGGGGCGGAGGAGGACCUGGCGCACUCCUCCAUCCGCUUUGGGCUGGGACGGUUCACAACAGAGGAGGAGGUGGAGUACACAGCCAACAAGUGUGUGCAGCAUGUGGAGAGGCUGAGGGAGAUGAGUCCUCUGUGGGAGAUGGUGCAGGAUGGCAUUGAUCUGAAGAGCAUCAAGUGGUCGCAGCACUGAGCAUGCAGUGGUGUACUCAGGUGUGUGUGGCAGCACUCUUCGUCUUCACGGGUCCCUGCACUUGCUUGCCCCUGCUGUGGUGUGUGACAAGUGGCACAGUGACAAUCUACCAUGACAGCCAGGGACACGUCAGGCCGGCCGGCUCCCCCCUGGCCCUGGCGUGUGGGGCGGGCAGGCCAGCACGACACUGGCCACAUGCUUCACCAACGACACUCAGCCGACACAAUAAUAACCAACCAAAAAGAGACAGGACGAUUAAAAGUGACUUAGUACACGUUAGCUGAACGUUUAAUUAAUUUCCAAAAACAAAUUAAUAUCUACUUAACAUAUAUAAAGUAAUUUAUAUGCACAGGUGCUACAGACAAGUCUUCUACCCACACCAGAGCCCGGCAAGUUGCAUACUACAUUGAAAAUAAUUGAAGCAAAGUUAUUAAACUUUUAGGAAAAAAUAAGUAAAUUGAGAAAUACAGAAAAUAAAUAAUUCAGUUUUCACAAGAACAGAGAUAUAUGUACAGGACUCAGUAGUAGCAGCAGCAGCAGCAGCAGCA